GUUGAAGAUCCAUCUCACUCAACAUUUCCCAACCUCAUACCUCAAAAACACUAACAUCGAAGAGACUCUGGACAAACUAGAGAACUUCAUUCACUGGUUUUUCGACCAGAAACCACCUCCACCUCCACCAAAACACAAGAAUGCAAAUAAAAACCGUGCAGUGGAAAAACUCCGGGCUCACAGGCGUGAUUUAAAGCGCCAAUUUCGUAAGAUCAAAAACCCGGACGAAGUACCUGCAGCGCUCAGAAAUGAGUAUUUUUCAAUUGGAAAACAAAUCAAGCGUCUUUUGAAACAACAAAAGAUGUACGACGAUCGAUCCCGGAACAAGAGGGACCAGGAUGCCUUUCUCAAGGACCCAUAUGCCUUCGGAAAGAAAUUGUUUCAACCAACCAACCAUGUCAAACCCACUUUCUCUGACACUACCUGCUUUGAGUACUUCCAACACACAUAUGCAGACCAGGAUCGUGCCACUUCGUACGAAUCCUGCCCCAGUGCAGGGAAGCCCCGGGAUUGCACCCACCCAGUCGAUGAGGGGACCCCUACAUGGACUGAAUUUCAGAAUGUUUUGAAGAAGUGUCGCAACACCUCUGCACCGGGUCCUGACAAGAUACCUUACAUAGUUUGGAAGCUUUGUCCCUCCCUUCAAUCCAUUCUUUUCACCAUCUUUGGGCGGGUUUGGGAGAGCAAGAUCAUUCCAAGGCAGUGGCAGGUAGCGUGUAUCACACUCCUGGCCAAGGGGGAGGUGUCUGAUGAUCCUUCGAAAUUCCGACCGAUUGCUCUAGCGAACACGUCCGGGAAGAUCUUUUUCACCUUAGUUGCAAAGCGCCUCUUGAAACAUAUGCUAGGCAAUAAGUUCUUCGAUGGUGACAACCAGAAAGGAUUUAUGCCUGCAAAGGCUGGGUGCUUAGAGCAUACAUCACUUUGUUAUGAGGCGAUGCGUGAUGCAAAGACGGCAAAACGCCAAAUUUGCAUUGCGUGGAUAGAUUUGAAGAAUGCAUUUGGUUCAGUGCGCCACAAUCUGAUACAGUAUGCUCUAACCCACUACAGCCUUCCUUUGCAAUUCAGGAAAUUAAUUUUUUCCUACUACGACAGUCUUUGCGCUUUCGUCGUACAACCACACACACCCACCUUUAAUUACAACAUUGGUGUUUUCCAGGGGUGCCCCUUGUCCCCGGUCCUUUUCAAUAUUUGUUUCCAGCUUCUGCUGGACUCACUUGCAGCCCCUGAAUUAAGUUGCCUCCUAUGAUUUUAAAUCUGCCCCUUUGCAAGUGUCCCAAACAGCUUUUGCUGAUGACUUAGGCCUCUAUAGCAAAUCUAGUGCAGGUUGUCAAAAACUCAUUGCGGUCACGGAGGACUUUCUCUCGUGGACCCAAUGUAUGCAGGCGGCGCCGCACAAAUGCAAAAGCAGUGCAGCAAAGCUUGUAGAUGGCCGGUACAAACCUUACGAUCCCUGCCUGACAAUGUCAGGGAGGAAGAUCGCUUUCAUUGACAUCACACAAGGUUUUGUACGUGAACUGCACUUUAUGUGUUUACCAUUUCUGAAGAAAUGGUCAGGCCUACCUCGAUGCGCAAACUCUGCCAUUCUUUUUAUUGGCAGUCGCAAACGCUUUGGCUUACGCCUCCACUACCUUCCUACGGUGUGGAAAAAGUGCCAGUCCAUCAAAUGGCACAUUCUUCGAUCGAGUGGGGACGCGCGCAUGAGGGCGCUGUACACUCUGCGUCGGAGUAAGGAUGCGAAGCUGACAAAGCGAUAUGCGGCGACAAUAGAGCUGGAGUGUGCAGAGGCAUCAGUAGGUUCAGGGACUCUCCGUCCACCGUCAUCUUCAAGUCAUCGUGCAGGGUUGGGUGCUCCUGCUCCGAAGCAGCGUUCCAAACCCCCGAGGAAGGAUCUCCUUCAAACAUUUGAGGAGAUCAACGCGCAGGAGCAGAUUUUGAGGCUGAAGACUCUUCAGGUGCAAGGCAAGUGGUUGGAGUGGACAUCGGUGAUGUGGCAGGACCUCUCGUGGAAAUCCCUUUUGUACGGUGGUACUGGUAAGGAUUUGAAAUUUCUUCUCGCAUCAACCCUCGACGUGCUACCUUCUCCGACGAACCUACGCCGCUGGGGAAACACCGUAGUGGAUCCGUACUGUAGUUUGUGCCGUACCUGGGCCUGUACUACGCGCCACGUGCUUGGCGCUUGUCGCGUAGCGCUGGACCAGGGACGUUACACCUGGAGGCACGACAACGUACUCGGGGUCAUCGUCAGGAACAUGCGUGAGGAGAUUCGAAUCCGCACUGCUGCAAACACCGUACAAACCGAAAAUUCAAAUGAGCUUGACUUCAUCUCGUUUUGCAAGGCGGGAGAGAAGCCAGUUCGCGUUCAGCCCAGACGAAAGUUGGUUACGACUGAUCUCCUGUCAGCGGCCUCAGACUGGAAACUUCUUGUCGACUCAGUUAGUGCAAAGAUUUCUUUCCCUAGCUGUGUUGCACUUACCACCCUAAGACCAGAUAUAGUUCUGUACUCUACGAGUCGUAGGAUUGUAUUCUGGAUGGAGUUGACAGUUUGUGCUGAGGACAGAUUCAGUGUCAGUAACUCGCGGAAGGACAGGCGGUAUGCGGAUCUGGCCGAUCAAUGCCGAGCAAACGGGUGGCAGGUCGUUUCUUUUUCGGUUGAGGUAGGUGUGCGUGGUUUCAUCCCAGACUCUCUUCGGAGGGCUCUGAAAGCGCUUGGAUUUUCUAAUCGAAGAAUAAAAUUUAUUUGUAAUUUGUGCAGUAAGACGUCUCUGCGAAGCAGCUACAUCAUCUGGUUGCGGCGUCAACAAAAACACUGGUCGGAAGAUCCACUUUUCUGAGGUACUGUAUGUGGGGCUCCGUUUAUUGAGGUGCGUUGAAAUUUAUUCUCUUUAUCUUAUUAUUUCUUUUCUAUAAUUUCCCCAUAUGAGUUCCUAUCAGUUGCUGUGAACACCUUGAGUGGAGAGCGCUUGCUCGAGCGUUGAACCGGGUUCUUAAUCCACCAUACCCAGUUCGCAAGGCUGGGCGGGGUUGUGAGCAGGCUUUCAUUUCAUCUUUUCUUAUUAUUUCUUAUUAUUUCUGCUUUUCAUCUCAUUACAAAAAUUCUGCGCUUUUUCUCCAUCUGCGCAUAAAAUCUAGACUGACAACCUGCUUGUUAAAUCAUGCACCUGCUUUCAGGCGUAAAAACCCUGUUGUAGAGGUCUCAGUCCUCAUUUGUUAGACUUACCUGUCUUUAUAAAUGUAACUUACUCUCUCUCUCUCU